UCGGCGGCCAGUUGCUUCCAGUCUAUGUGUGUGUGUGAUGUCCCGGUGCCCUAGUUGUAUCCGACACAGCGGGGACACGCGAAGGGAAGGCGGGCGGCUCAGCCGGCAGUCUUAGAGACAGAGACAAGCAGGCUGACAGCAAGCAGGGGGAAAGGAGAGCAUUUCCUGAGCCGCAUAUCUCUGCAAGUCAAUGGAGCUGGAGAAUAUAGUCGCCAACACGGUCUUGUUAAAAGCCAGAGAAGGUGGUGGAGGAAAGCGCAAGGGUAAAAGUAAAAAGUGGAAGGAAAUAUUGAGGUUUCCUCACGUGAUCCAAUGUGAAGAGCAAAGGAAAUCUAUAGAAAAAGAUCUUAUUUUCUCCCUGAAACAAGGAUUGGAGGGAAGAAUCUUUGCUGGAGGAGAAGAGUUGCACCUGGCAGGGAACAUAGUGGGCCAGAGCUGUGACGUGUCUCAAUACCAGGAAUAGAGUUUUCAUGGUGCUGUUCCAUUGAAAAUGAGCCCAAUUGUCUCAAAUGGUAAUGGCAUAGCCAAGAGCUGCAGGGAAACAUCCAGAGAGAGACUAUUCCAGCCUCUGUGAGAAACAGCCAAUUGGAAGACUACUUUUUCGUCAAUUCUGUGAAGCCCAGCCUGAACUUCAGCACUACAUAAAUUUUCUUGACUUAGUGACAGAGUAUGAAGUUAUGCCAGAUGAAAAGCGUGAAGAAAAAGGACAAGAAAUGAUCAGUAAAUACCUCACCCCAGAGUCCCCAGGAUAUAUACGAGAGGUCAGCGAGGAUAUUGUCCAGCAAUGUAAAGAAAAACUUGAAAUGAACGCGUGCAAAGAACUCUUCUGUAACUGUGUAAAGUCAGUGCACGACUAUCUCAGCGGACGGCCAUUUAAUGAAUACCAAGAAAGCAUGUACUUUGAUCGCUUUCUCCAAUGGAAGUGGCUGGAGAGACAAGCUGUAACAAAAAACACUUUUAGGCAAUAUAGAGUGCUUGGAAAAGGUGGCUUUGGUGAGGUCUGUGCCUGUCAAGUGCGAGCCACAGGAAAAAUGUAUGCUUGUAAGAAGUUAGAGAAAAAGAGAAUAAAGAAGAGAAAAGGAGAAGCGAUGGCUUUGAAUGAAAAGCAGAUUUUAGAAAAAGUUAACAGUAGAUUUGUAGUUAAUUUAGCUUAUGCUUAUGAAACAAAGGACGCACUGUGUUUAGUUCUGACUUUAAUGAAUGGGGGUGACUUGAAGUUCCACAUCUAUAACAUGGGCAAUCCAGGGUUUGAAGAAGAUCGGGCAGUAUUUUACGCAGCUGAGAUCUGUUGUGGCCUGGGGGAUCUCCAUAAGGAGAACAUUGUUUACAGAGAUUUGAAACCUGAAAACAUAUUGUUAGAUGACUAUGGUCACAUUAGGAUAUCUGACCUGGGUUUAGCUGUGAAAAUUCCUGAAGGAGAAACAAUUCGUGGCAGGGUGGGAACAGUGGGAUAUAUGGCUCCAGAAGUGCUCAAUAAUCAGCGAUAUACAUUAAGCCCUGACCACUGGGGCCUGGGAUGCUUAAUCUAUGAAAUGAUUGCUGGCCAGUCUCCAUUUAGAGGACGGAAAGAAAAGGUGAAAAGGGAGGAAGUAGACAGACGAGUGUUGGAAACAGAAGAAACUUACACAGACAAGUUCUCUGAAGAGGCAAAAUCUAUCUGCAAGAUGUUGCUAACCAAAGACCCCAAGCAAAGAUUGGGCUGUACAGGAGGAGGCGCUUCAGAUGUGAAGAAAAAUGCAUUCUUCAGGAAUAUCAAUUUCAAACGAUUAGAAGCAGGCAUAAUGGAGCCUCCAUUUGUACCUGAUCCACGAGCAGUUUAUUGCAAAGAUGUGCUGGAUAUUGAACAGUUCUCCACUGUGAAAGGUGUGAACCUGGACCAGACAGAUGAUGAUUUCUAUUCAAAGUUUUCUACUGGCUGUGUUUCUAUUCCCUGGCAGAAUGAGAUGAUUGAAACAGAAUGCUUUAAGGAACUAAAUGUAUUUGGUCCAAAUGGAAGCUUAUCUCAAGACCUUGACAGGAGCUACACCCCUGAACCACCCAAAAAAAGUCUGCUUCAAAGGCUUUUCCGGCGGCAGAAUCAUCAUAGUCAUUCAAACAGCACUACAAAUGUGAAGGCCCAUUCCAAUCAUCAUGUGAAUUGCCAUCAAGCUAAUUCAAACUCUGGAGGAAACAGCUAGUCCUCAGCUCAUCGUUCGUGUGGUGAUUCUUUGUAUUCUUCAGCUUUUCCCAUUUUCUGGAACUAUUUAGCGGAAAAGCACCAGUUCCUGGUAGGGUAUCCAUUCCACACGACAGAGCCACUCCAUUUCUGUUGGUCUAGCUGCCUCACUUCCUCUCAGGUCUGUCUUGCAGGUUGGGAUCAUGACGUUUGAAACAAGAUGGUGUUUCCUUAGAAUAUUGCAAUAGCAAAUCAAUGAAAAUGGCUACUUGCACGUAUUUAAAUAUAGCAUUAUACUAGAACUGUAUUUUGUCUUUAUUAAAAAAAAGGAAGUUUUGUAAAUUUCUCUAUAACUGUCUCAGUUUACAUUUUGUACAUUUGUAUUUAAAGUCAGGAUGUAUAUUUUCUGCCCAGCAGCUGUAAAGCCAUGUGCUGAUUCCACAAUGAACACCUUAUGUAUUUUUAUGAAUUGUGAUUUAAGACUUCCUCCACAUUUAACAGUGAAAGAGAACUUUUUAAAUCUGCAAUAGAACAUUUUUCAUAUUCUUUUGCCAUAUCUGCAGUCAUUUUAUAUUUUUUGUAGUUUGUCAUACCCUGAAAUUUUAUUAAAUAUCUUUCAUUUGUAUUGCUUUUUUAUUUUAUUUUUAUUUAACAAGUGCAUCUUUCCUAUGAUUUCUCUGUGAGUGACAUUUUACUCAGAGUGAAUGUAUUUUACAAUUUUUAAGGAGCUUUUCGUAGCACAUAUAAAUUAUUCCUUAUCAACUUCAAUAGGGUUUUCAAUGUGAAAAUGCAAAUAUGAGGUGGGGGGGAAAUCAUAUAAUUUACUUUUGACAUGAUUAAAGCUAAACCUGGUUAAACCCUUACACCACUUAAACAUGUCAUUCAACUUAGUUGAAAUAAACAUCAUGUGCUACUAGUUACAUGCUGUGAUCGAUAUGAAACUAGUCUCAUAGAAAUAAAUAAAAGUAGGAAAAUGUGGCAGCGUGUGCACUGCUGUAUUAGCAUAAUGAGUCAUGUUGCAGAAGUGUAUAGGUAAUUGGAAAUGGUUCCCAAUUUGUUGUGGCUUCCCAAUCCUGAACAUGCUGCAGUGAUAGAACAGAAGUAAGGUCUUUCCCUUUGAGGAGGGAAAGUGAAAGGGUGAGCUACGCCCUCAGUGGUUCUGCUGAUGUCUGUCAUUGGCAGAGCUGUAGAUUCCGGCUGACUCUGGAUGAUGAUUAUAAAGGCUGAUGAGAAUUGGAAAGAAAGAAAAUAAUUUGCAAAGAAUUGCAGACACUCACAGCCACCAGCAUGUGCCCUAUUUGCCCCCACCCUACAUCUGCCACCAUGGGUGUGUUGUGGCUAGAAAAACAUAUGGAUCAAAGCGAACUGAAAUUCAGAGUAGUCUCAUAAUAUCCAAAAAUUCUGUAAGUUUCUCGGGACAUCAAGGGUGUCUUACAGCCUCACCAAUGCCCCGUACCUGUUUGGUUUUGCGUAAUAUAUAUUUUGUGUCACCAAUCCCAUUUAGGGAUUUUGCAACUAAACUGCUCUAACAAGGUGGAGCAUUUACACUAAUGGAAAGUGCUGCACAGCAGGAGCAGGAUAUGUUGAGAAAUUGUGUUACCUUUUAGAGGAAAAUUUGCAUAUACUGAAUUAGAAGUAGUGUUAAAGCUGGGGCUAAUAAUUAGGAAGUUUAUGUCACUCCUGAUAUUCUGGGCACAUUUAUUUUCCCUGACCUUUAAAUAUAAUUCAAGUAAUUUUACAAUGAUUUAAUUGUUACCAGAAUCCAAAGAACAAAGUGUAUUAGCAAAAGUGUUUUCUUGUCAUUUAUAAAGGUGUUGUAUAGUGUACAGUCAGAUGUGGUGUAAGGGUUAAAUCUACCAAUGUGAACAUUGAAUGUCAAUAAACAUUUACCUUCCUGACAAAGAAAAAUUGAUGUAUAAUCGAUUCCUGUUAAUUGAAUAAUCAUGUGACAAAAUUGCAUUCAGUUAUCAGAAGUUCACAGUAAAGCUUAGUAAGAAUUUUCUCUUGGCCAAAUCCCAUGCAUAAUAUCAUCACAGUGGGAGAUUUUCUGAAAUUGAAACUGUUUUCUAUUCUUUUAAAUUUGCUGUAAUUUAUUAACAAGUAAUAUUUCACUACAAGUAAUUGAGUUGUAAAGUUAAAUAAUUGAAGUGUUCACAUUCACUUAACAGGAAUUUACAACUUUCAUUAAUAAAAGUUAAAAUAGAAUUUAGAAAAUUAUUUUCCUGGUUUUUAUUGACAUCACACAGAAAUGUUUACUUGGCAGAUAUUUGCUGAACUUGAAUUAAGUAUUUUCGAGUAAACAUCAGCUGAAGCUGAGUUCUGUUGUGUUUUGAACAUAUUGUAGUUAACAAUUCCAGGUACAAAAUACAUUCUUAAGUUCUUUAAAUAGAGGGUUUAUGUAGCCUAAGGGUUUUCAAUUAAAUCUACUGUUUGCAUCCAAAGACUCCUGGCUGUGGCAGUCUCCGGGUUUGCUUAGUAAAAGCCUGAUGAUUGUGAUUGUGUCAUGUAGUGACGAGGGUAGGCAGUCUUUUUGGUUUGCUAAUUGGCAAAUUACUGGGCAUCUAAUUGAAGGUGAGUAAGAUUUGAAGUUGCCGAUAGUAAUAAAUGAAUAGGAAGAAAUUGCACACAAGGCACAAAAAUAAAUACAGAAGGAGCAUACUUGUUUUUUUCUGUGUAGGACUUGGAAAAGCCUAUUUAUUUUUGGACAUAAUUGCAGGAUGAGCCAGAGACACACAUAGUUUACCAUUUGAUAAAAAUAAAUUAUUUUGCAGCUGAAAACAAUUUAGAAAUGGUGUCACUUGUUCAGUAAUAUUUUAUCCUGAUAAGUAGUUUGGCUCACUAUAGUUUAAGCAUGUUACAUAGUUUGGCGCACUAUCCUGCCAUGCCAACAGUAUAAAGAUCCAACUUAUUUAAUUGGAUAAGGUUUAAUUUGUCCAUAAUUACUAAAGCAAUGAUAUACAUAAGAAUGGCACAGUGCAUUUCGUAUUAUAUCUUACCUGAUUUGAUCUUACUCUCCCUUUUUCUGCAUUUUAUUCACAUUCUUUAUGUAUUUCAUUUAUAUUUGCAUUUGUGCACCUUGGGUGCCAAAACAAACUAUGUUGAACUAUUAAAUAGGUGAAGUCAAAUGCCUAUGCUUCAUGAGAUCUGCCGUUUACUAAUACUGAUUUUCUGAGGUCUUAAGUCCCAACGAAGGCAGGAAACAUCCAAUUUAACAAAUAAACACAAAAUACCAAGUUAACCUUGAGGGAAAAUGGUACAUGAAGUUUUGUUUUGAAACUGUCAGAAUGAAAAUUGUGGUAAACUUUUUAACCAUACUGUCAUUUGUUAUUAAUGUCAGAAGGUCUGUUUUAGACGAGCGCAUUUCCUGUUUGUAAUAAUUCUUAAAUGAAAGAUGUAGUUGUCACUUUUUGUAUCUGUGUGAGUUUAUAUGUUUUCCAAUAGAAUGAUUACUGCCAUUUGUUCUGUAUUAAUGAUAUCGGUCGAUUAUGGUAUCCAAAGGUUUACAGCUUUUUUUCAGGGAAUUACACUUUCAUCUUUUCCCUCUGGUUUACGAUGGUACUGAGGACCAUGGCUUCUGUCUUCUCUGACUGCUCUUCAUUCUUAGUAACUUAUGUCCAAAAAAACACACGCUGCUGUAACUAGAUUAAAAACAGUUGUUUUUAGUAAAAUAAAAACAGGAACAUUUGAAUUGAAAGAAGAAAGUACUGUAUCUUUGAUCUGUAAAUUUAAAAUGAUUAUAUGUCUAAAUACAGUUGUUAACAUUA